GGCCAUCUUGGAGGGUCGCGGUGGCGGCGGGAGAGGAAGGCGCAGCAGCGGCGAAGGAGGCGGCGGCGAAGGAGGCGUCUGAGGGAGCCGCCGACACGUCCAGCGUGAGGGGCUGAGUCCGGCCGUGGCGCUGCCCUCGUCCCCUUCCCCUACCCCGAGGCCGCGCGGGAGGGCCCCGAGCCCAGCAGGGAGAGAUGAGCAGCACCAGUACCAAGCGCGCACCCACGACAGCCACGCAGCGACUCAAGCAGGACUACCUGCGCAUUAAAAAAGACCCGGUGCCUUACAUAUGUGCUGAGCCUCUGCCGUCGAAUAUCCUUGAAUGGCACUACGUUGUACGAGGACCCGAGAUGACUCCGUAUGAAGGUGGCUAUUAUCACGGGAAACUCAUAUUCCCCCGAGAAUUUCCUUUUAAACCUCCUAGUAUUUAUAUGAUCACACCAAACGGAAGAUUUAAAUGCAACACAAGGUUGUGUCUUUCCAUUACCGACUUCCAUCCUGACACGUGGAACCCAGCUUGGUCGGUCUCGACAAUCCUAACAGGCCUUCUUAGUUUUAUGGUUGAAAAAGGCCCCACUCUGGGCAGUAUAGAAACAUCAGAGUUUACGAAAAGGCAGCUUGCAUCACAGAGUUUAGCAUUCAACGUAAAAGACAAAGUCUUCUGUGAAUUGUUCCCCGACGUGGUGGAGGAAAUUAAGCAGAAACAAAAGGCGCGGGAGGAUCUCCACAGCCGGCCGCCCCCCCUCCCGCUUCCGGACGUCGUCCCCGACGGGGAAGCACACCACGGCCAGAACGGGCUGCCGCUCCUGAACGGGCACGUGCCGUUGGCCGCCGCCAACCAUCCCGGCCUGCAGCAGGCCAAUCGGAACCAUGGACUCCUGGGGGGAGCGUUGGCGAACUUGUUUGUCAUAGUUGGCUUUGCGGCCUUUGCCUAUACGGUGAAGUACGUCCUGAGGAGCAUAGCGCAGGAGUGAGGCGGCUCCACCCCCCACCCCCCUGCGGUUCCAAGACCAAAAUUAGCAGUAGUGUCAGGAGAGAGA